CGGCUGGGUUGUUUUGCAGGGAAUCUCCUCUAUAUAAACGGCUUAACUUGAAUGUCAUCGCCGGGUUAUGAUUCCCACGGACAAAAACGUCGUUCUUCGUGGCUACAUGUAGAAUAAAAAUACAAAAAACCGUUUGAUUUUCACGCUGUUUUGGUGAUAAAUGCCCAGAUUAGGAAGAGCGAUCGUGCGUAAAAAUGCUUAGAAAUGCGUAAUGGCAUAAUAGCUCAAUGGAAUAAAGACUCACUAAUGAAAGACAGAUCACAACCCAGCACUUUCCAACCUGAACCAAUGCGAUUACAGCUUUAUAUCACAUGACAACGUGUUUAUUAUUAUGAUAUCUACGCCAACGUUUGUCUGAAAACGUCUAAAACUGUUUGCACUUGUGUUUUUACCAUAACAUUAAUCACUUGUGCCUUUUGUAAUCAGUACAGACCUGUGUAGGUUAGCUCUGACGCAAACACAGCUCCUCAUAGGCGUCUCUCCCAGUUCCACAGCCCGGAUCAUAUGUCUCCAAAAGUGACAGCGCACGGGAGCCAAUCAGCGCGCGUCCUGCUGAUAACGUUAGAGGCGGGACGUGCGCUCAGAACCAAUCAGCUCCGUGCGUAUUGUUUUGACCUCUGGAACCGCAUCACCGCCCACCUCGUGCCCGUGGUGGAGGGAGGCUAUAAAUACAGGCGACGGCGGAGCAGCCAGGGGGACGAAGUUGCUACGCUCCCGUGUAGGAGGGAGCUACUCUGCAAGCCUGCUGAAAGAGGACGAAAAUACACUUCAAAAAUUAAAAAUAGCAACCGAAAACAGCCGUAAACGCCAAUCCUCAAAAUCUACACGUACUGGAUUACUUUUUUUGUACAGUUCAUAAUAUAUUCUAUGUGAAGAAAGUAUUUAUACUUUUUUAUUUGCACUAACUAACGGUACUUUUGAACUACUACUACUGAGAAUCCUUAUUUUUUACUAAAGAAAAAACCAUCCUGUGGAAAAAAAACAAAAAACAAACAAAAAAAACACAGCAGUUCAACUAAACCAGCACUUUUGAUUUGAGCCAACUUGACUUCAUUCACUUUGGGUUCCAUAGCCAUCCCGCUUGGACAAAAUUUGAGUUGCCAACCACGCACAACAGCAACAACAAUCUAGCGGAACAAGCUCUUUCAACCUCUUGCUACAUUCAGUGAAACGCUAUGCAGCUAGAAAUCCAAGUAGCUCUCAACUUCAUCAUCUCCUACCUGUACAACAAGCUGCCUCGGCGCCGCGUCAACAUUUUCGGGGAGGAGUUAGAGAGGCAACUGAAGCAAAAAUAUGAGGGCCACUGGUACCCCGAUAAGCCAUACAAAGGGUCCGGGUUCAGGUGCAUCCACGUGGGGGAGAAGGUGGACCCCGUGGUUGAGAAGGCGGCCAAGGAGAGCGGGUUGGACAUCGACGACGUCCGAAACAACCUACCGCAAGAGCUCAGCGUGUGGAUCGACCCCUACGAAGUGUCCUACCAGAUCGGAGAGAAGGGGCCAGUCAAGGUGCUAUAUGUGGACGAUAGCGGUGACCAGGUGAACAACACCCUGGACUUGGAUAAGGAGAUCCGCAACAGCUUCAACCCGGACGCCCAGGUCUUCAUGCCCAUCAAUGAGCCCCUCAACGCCUCACCCGGGUCCAGCUCACCUUCCCCUCCCUUCGGUCACUCCGCGGCGGUCAGCCCUACUUUUAUGCCCCGCUCCACUCAACCUCUCACCUUCACCACGGCAACGUUUGCAGCCACCAAGUUCGGCUCCACUAAAAUGAAGAGCAGUGGGCGCAACGGGAACGCCAAUGGGGCAACCGGUGCCGGGAACAAGCCUGCCGCGGCGCGUACAUCCCCGACCAAUCUGGGCCUCAAUGUGAACAAUCUCCUCAAGCAAAAAGCCAUGUCGAGCUCCAUGCACUCUCUGUACGGAUUAGGACUCGGUGGGCACCAAAAGUCGUCCGCCCUUUCGCCCAACGCCAAGGAGUUCGUGUUUCCGAAUUUGCAGGGGCAGGCAAAUCAGAGCUCGCUGUUCCCAGAAAGUUCGCUCAACCUCAACUCGCUCCCGUACAGCAAUGCCUUUGACGUGUUCGCCGCCUACGGUGGCCUUAACGACAAGUCCCUCAUGGAAGGCUUGAAUUUCAGCUUGAACAACAUGCAGUAUUCAAACCAGCAAUUCCAGCCAGUUAUGGCCAACUAAGUACUCAUAAGAAAGGUACUACUUAAGCUACUACUGCACUGCACAAAAGGAAUAGUUGUGUUGGUUGGAAUGAUUUCGGGAUAUUUGUUGAUUUGAGUAGUUUUGACUAGUUCGAUUUAACUAUAAGACGUAGAUGUUUCUGACUGAUUUUAAUAUUGUAUUGAAAGUUCAACACAAUUGCACUUGAAAUGAAACACUUUGCCCACCCACUUUUUUUAAGGUCAGCCUCUGUCAUGCUUUGAGUGACAGGUGUAUUCACCCAAUCACAGCAAAGUGUGAACUCUCAGAAGAAACCGACUGUUUUUGUUACCUCUUGAAGGCAAUAUGAAGCUAUUAACUUUACAUAAAUAUUGACCUUAUCAUUUUGCCAUAUCACAGAUCCCAAUAUUGAAACCAAUCAGUAAAUGUUGAAACACGCUAGCCAUUUUAAGUCAAGUCAACCUAAUCUAGUCAAAGCUACUCGAAUCAGGAAAACAUUUUAAUUCACGCUAUUCCUUUUCUGGAGUGUUGACAUAAACGGCCAGAGAUAAUGUGACAGGGGGAACGUAUACAUUAAUGCACAUUUAUAAAAGAAAAUUUCAAAAAAUCUAUACAAAAAAUGUAAACAAAGCGAAUGUCAUUUCAAAACCGGACUUGUGGAGAGUAAGAUCUUAUUUGUUACAAGUCUAUAACAGCAUGAGCCCAAGGGUGAUGUAGUUUGCCCCCUUGAGUUUAAAUUUCCAAUAUGAAGCUUGUAGUACCAAAUGUCCAAGCUUGGUUACUUAAACGUGCAACAUAAAUCAUUGUUAUUUCUUUUGCCAACCAAGCACAAACUAUUUUUUUAUGUAAUUGUUUUAAGAUAUGUAAAAGACAAAAAAAAAAAAAAUGAAAUACCACCACGAGUCAUGGCCUGUCAGUAUUUAAACACAACUGGACACCGCCAAUUUUGCAUAAAUUGGCUUAAAUAUGUGGGAUUUCUUGGUCUUUUUUCUAAUUGUAUAAUUUAAUUUAGUACAGAGUUUGUAAAAUAUCAGAGUAUCUAUUGUUUCUACGACAUGGUAUUGCAUUUAUAUCUUUUUACUACUCCAGUGAUCUGUGAUGGCUGCAGCAACUUUAUGUUUUCUUUUUUUAUUGAAAUUAUAAAAUGAAUCCAUCUUUGAAAAACUAUUCUAAAGAUUGUGUACAGAAUAUUCCGUAGUGGUGGGAUUUAAGGAUAUUUGCUUUUUUGACAAAACAUAAGAGUUGUAUUUUCUGUUAAAAGUUUAAAGAUUUUUGCUAUAUUAUGGACAAAAUGUAAUCGUAUAUUAAUUUUGUACCUACAUUGUGCAAUACUUGAUAAAAACAAGACGGUAUAACAAAGUAUUCUGAGUCAGUGUCUUACAUGUUAAGAGGGACUGAUAGUUUAUUAAGUUUGUAUUAAAAUGCUUGAAAAUAA